AUGGAAAAACUGCUUUUGUUUCUGCUGUUCAUUGGCAUAGCAGUGAGAGCUCAGAUCUGCCCCAAGCGCUGUGUCUGUCAGAUCUUGUCUCCGAACCUUGCCACCCUUUGUGCCAAGAAAGGGCUCUUGUUUGUUCCUCCCAACAUUGACAGGAGGACCGUGGAGUUAAGGCUGGCAGACAACUUUGUUACAAACAUUAAAAGGAAAGACUUUGCCAACAUGACCAGCCUGGUGGACCUGACACUGUCCAGGAAUACAAUCAGUUUUAUCACACCUCACGCAUUUGCUGACUUGCGCAACUUGCGGGCUUUGCAUUUGAACAGCAACCGAUUGACUAAGAUCACCAAUGACAUGUUCAGUGGGCUCUCCAAUCUUCACCACUUGAUACUUAACAACAACCAGCUGACUUUAAUUUCUUCCACAGCUUUCGAUGAUGUUUUAGCUCUCGAGGAAUUGGAUUUGUCUUACAACAAUCUGGAAACCAUCCCCUGGGAUGCAGUGGAGAAGAUGGUUAGUUUGCACACGCUCAGUCUGGACCACAACAUGAUUGACCAUAUUCCUAAGGGGACCUUUUCCCACCUCCACAAGAUGACCAGGUUGGACGUCACGUCUAACAAACUGCAGAAGCUACCGCCUGAUCCUCUCUUCCAGCGAGCUCAGGUACUAGCAACCUCAGGAAUUAUCAGCCCCUCGACUUUUGCAUUGAGCUUUGGUGGGAACCCUUUGCAUUGCAACUGUGAGCUCUUGUGGCUGAGGCGCCUCUCGAGGGAAGAUGACCUGGAGACCUGUGCUUCUCCCACGCUGCUGUCUGGCCGGUACUUCUGGUCGAUCCCCGAGGAGGAGUUCCUGUGCGAGCCUCCCCUCAUCACCCGGCACACCCACGAGCUGCGGGUGCUGGAGGGCCAGCGGGCAGCCCUGCGCUGCAAGGCCCGGGGGGACCCCGAGCCAGCCAUUCACUGGAUUUCACCUGAGGGAAAACUGAUUUCAAACGCGACGAGGUCCGUGGUGUACGACAACGGGACACUCGACAUCCUUAUAACGACGGUGAAGGACACGGGCUCCUUCACCUGCUUUGCUUCCAAUCCGGCCGGGCACAUCCACGAGCCCGACCCGGGCUCCUCAGAUAUCUCCACUUCCACCAAGUCGGGUUCCAACACGAGCAGUAGCAAUGGGGAUACUAAAGUCACUCAAGAUAAGAAGGUGGUUGUUGCGGAAGCAACAUCCUCUACUGUUCUGCUGAAAUUCAAUUUUCAGAGGAAUAUACCUGGGAUACGUAUGUUCCAAAUCCAGUACAAUGGUACUUACGAUGACUCCCUUGUUUACAGAAUGAUACCUCCCACAAGCAAAAGCUUCCUGGUCAACAACCUGGCAGCUGGGACUGCGUAUGACCUGUGUGUCCUGGCCAUCUAUGAUGACGGGAUCACCUCUCUGACGGCCACCCGGGUGGUGGGCUGCACACAGUUCACCACCGAGCAGGAUUACGUGCGCUGCCACUUCAUGCAGUCCCAGUUCCUGGGUGGGACCAUGAUUAUCAUCAUUGGUGGGAUCAUUGUGGCCUCCGUGCUUGUGUUCAUCAUCAUCCUCAUGAUCCGCUACAAGGUGUGUAACAACAACGGGCAGCAGAAGGCCACCAAGGUCAGCAACGUGUACUCGCAGACGAACGGGGCUCAGGUGCAGGGCUGCAGCAGUGCGCUGCCGCAGUCCCUGUCCAAGCAGGCUGUGGGGCACGAAGAGGGCACCCCGUGCUGCAAGGCUGCCAGCGAGGGCGCUACGCCGGUGCCGGAGACCGGCUGCAGCCAGGACUCGGCCACCACUACCUCCGCUUUGCCUCCUGCCUGGACUUCCAGCACUUCUGGCUCCCAGAAGCCGAAGCGAAAGCCGGGGCCAAAGCCAAGCAGCGAGGUGCAAAGCGACGCUGCCGGCAGCAUCGAGUCCCAGAACACGAACAGGAAUAACUCCACUGCCCUGCAGCUAGCUAGCCGUGCCCCCGACUCGGCCCGAGGGGCCCCCACCUACAAAAGAGCACAACCCAAGCCAAGUAAGAUCCUCAGCCUGUCCAUGAACGGGAUGCUGCUCCAGCCAGGCCUCUCGGACCUGGGCGCUGGAAAAGCAACUUUCUCCAGUUCUGAGUGGAUAUUGGAAAGCACUGUGUGA